AUGUUAUCUCUUCUUUUUACACUCAGUUUCAGCGAAAAACUAAAGCCGAUUGUAUUAAUACCAGGCGCAAUGCGUUCUCGCUUGGAAGUAAAUUCUACUCGUGAUACAAUUUCUUACUGUUCUCAUAAAAAUAAAAAUCUUGCUUGGCUCAACGUAUUUUCAUUUGUUCCACCUUUCAUUAAUUGCUUCUUUGACUAUUUUGCACUUGAUUACGAUGAAGAAAAAGGUAUUUCUCAUUCAAAAGAAAACGUUUCGAUCAAACCACAAGGAAACUUUGGCGAACUGGACAAUAUUAUUGGAACGGGACCUAAAAUCUUUGGAUUGCGUCUUUUUGGAUACCUUAACAAAUUUAUUGACAGACUUAAAGAAAUUGGUUACGUCGAGAAGCAAAAUUUGUUUGCAGCACCAUACGAUUGGAGAUUAGGUGUUGCCCAUCUCGGUGAAUACUUCGAUAAUCUUCGCAAACUCGUAGAAAACGCAUAUACACUCAAUGGCAAUACUAAAGUCCAUUUAUUCUCCCAUUCACUUGGUGGCUGGGUCAUCUAUGUAUUCCUUACCGAAAAAACAACACCAGAGUGGCGCCAAAAGUACAUUGACGCUGUCACUUUAUCUGCACCUUCAUGGAGUGGCAGUGGAACAGCAUUAUCUGGUUUUGUAAGGCAUACCUUACCAUUUGUUCCAUUUUACAAGACCGAUCGCCUCCGUGAUUUCAUUGAUUCGCUCGGAAUGUAUCAUAUUCACUUACCUUCAUCAUUCUACUACGAAAACGAUACAUUAGUUGUUAAAAAGGACGGACAAAAUAUUAAAGGCAAAGACGUCAUCAAAUACAUCAAAUCCGUGUUUUCAGAAAAACACUUCAAAAUGGCUGAAGCAAACUUCAAUUUAACCAGCAAACCGCAUAAACCUCUCGACGUACCUACAAACAUCGCUUACAAUAGCGGAAUAAAGCAAACAAUGGGCUACGACUUGAAACACGGAAAAUCAAUACAAAUGGAAGGUGACGGACUUGUUGGAUCGAAGGGACUUGACUGGGUUUGCAAGAAUUGGAACAAGGCAGACCUCAGAUGCCACAAUUUCAACUCUUCAAGUUUGAAAUUUAUUCAUCAACUUCUUCCAAGAUCAAAAGAGGCAACAGAUGUCUACUUAGAUAUGAUAUUCAAUGGAAAAGUUCCUAAGCCUGCAAAAACAACAAAUAAGGCUCAAGAAGAACUUUAA